AUGUCAACACACACUCCUACAGCCCACCUCCUCACCCUAACCCGCACCGCAAAACGCGCCCUCUCCGAAGCACAGUCACUCUCCUCCACAGCAAACGCGGCUAUCACAUCCACCCACGACCACAUCGACGCCAUCCGGCGUCUGGUACCACAAACGACCUUUCUUAGGAAAGCGAUGAGCGAGCAGUUGAAAGUCUUGUAUGGCAUUCUGGACGGGAUAAAAGCCGAAGAAGAUACUGCACGUACCUCUUUCGAAUCCGAACUCGCAGCUUUGGACGCGCUCGAUGCAGACCUAAACUCCAUUCUCGCACACCUAAAAUCAACACCCAUCGACCCCGGAUUCGCCGAAGCAAAUCUCUCUCUCUCAAGAAGCGGAAGCGCAGACCCGGAAAUUCGAGGGAAGGAGACGCUGCAUGAUUUCGUGGAUGAUGUCGCGAUUGAGCAGCUAAAGAGACAGCUGAGGGGGAUUAUCGAUGAGGUACAGGAGGUUCACGACGGGAUUCACGUGGUGAUUGAAGCGUUCAACGGCGAGAUCGAGGGGUUCGAGCAAGCACUGCAUGAUGUACCACCACUACCUUUACUCGAGGCACAUCCACCACCAGACGAGACGCCCACAGCAGAAGACGAAGAGGACGGAGAGGAACGAGAACCGUUCCCGGCGGAUGGAGAUGCGGUCCAAACCUACCUCUGGAUAUCAACCCACAACGCCGACAUCAUCGCCGACCUCCUGCUCGGUCUCGCACGACACUACGACCAAUGUACCCUCGCGCUAAACGACAUAUCCAACGGUGCUUCUGUUUCAACGUUAGUAGAUCCAGGAGAGAAAGAGGAGUUCUUGGGCGUGCUUGACCGGGAUGGGGAGCAAAUUGAUGAGGUGUUGGACGAGGUGAGGGAGUUGGUUGGGCAUUGUGAGGAUAUUGGGACGACGCUUGAGGGGUAUCUCGGUGCUCUUACCUCCGCUUACGACCAAACUACGGCUCUGUUUACGAGGUUGGAAGGGUUCGGCACAGCCACGCUGCCGGCACAUUUAGGUGCGACCAAGACAUUCACGCAAACCCGCGCAGAACAGACCGAGCACAUCUCAACCCUGCAUAGCUCCCUCUCCCACCUGCACACGCACUACACGAACUUCUCCCACGCCUACACUGCCUCCCUCGCAGAAAUCCAGCGUCGACACACCUACAACGCACACGUUCUUUCCAUCAUCGAGUCAACACUCGAGGAACUACGGGUGUUGGGUGAGGAGGAAGAGGGAAGGAGGAGUGGGUGGAGGGAGGAAUGGGGUGGGUGGUUGCCGGAGGGGUUGUGGAGAGGAGUUGGGGAGGGAGGGAUGGGGGUCCAUGUUGAGGUCAGGGAGGAGGGGGGGUUACCGGUGUUGAGGGGACGAGUGCCUGAUGAAUAG